AUGAAGGUCAUAUUCUUUUUAUGUUCAUUUCUUUUUUUUAUUAUAAAUACACAAUGUGUAACACAUGAAAGUUAUGAAGAACUUGUCAAAAAACUAGAAGCUUUAGAAGAUGCAGUACUUACAGGUUAUAGUUUAUUUCAUAAGGAAAAAAUGAUCUUAAAGGAAGAAACAACUGGUGCUAGUGGUUCAAGUCCAUCUCAUUCAAAUACUUCAUCUGGUACAAGCGCUCCAGCUGGUGCAAACCCUCCAGCUGUUCCAAGCGAUUCAAAUGCUAAACCUUACGCUGAUUUAAAACUUAGAGUACGAAAUUACUUGUUAACUAUUAAUGAACUCAAAUAUCCUCAACUCUUUGAAUUAACCAAUCAUAUGUUGACUUUGUGUGAUAAUAUUGAUGGUUUCAAAUAUUUACUUGAUGGAUAUGAAGAAAUUAAUGAAUUAUUAUAUAAAUUAAACUUUUAUUUUGAUUUAUUAAGAGCAAAAUUAAAUGAUUUAUGUGCUAAUGAUUAUUGUAAAAUACCUUUCAAUCUUAAAAUUCGUGCAAAAGAAUUAGACGUACUUAAAAAACUUGUGUUCGGAUAUAGAAAACCAUUAGACAAUAUUAAAGAUAAUGUAACAAAAAUGGAAGAUUACAUUAAAAAAAAUAAAACAACCAUAGAAAAUAUAAAUAAAUUAAUUGAAGAAAGUAAGAAAACAAUUGAUCAAAAUAAGAAUGAAAAUGAUAAAGACAAAAAAAAAAAAUUAUACCAAGCUCAAUAUGAUCUUUCUAUUUAUAAUAAACAAUUAGAAGAAGCACAUAAUUUAAUAAGCGUUUUAGAAAAACGUAUUGACACUUUAAAAAAAAAUGAAAACAUAAAGAAAUUACUUGAUAAGAUAAAUGAAAUUAAAAAUCCCACACCUGCCAAUUCUGGAAAUACACCAAAUACUCUCUCUACGGAUAAGAAAACAAAAAUCGAGGAACACGAAAAAGAAAUAAAAGAAAUUGCCAAAACUAUUAAAUUUAACAUUGAUAGUUUAUUUACUGAUCCACUUGAAUUAGAAUACUAUUUAAGAGAAAAAAAUAAAAAUAUUGAUAUAAGUACAAAGGUUCAAACGGAGGUAUCAACUGAAAAAAAUGAAUAUCCAAAUGGAAUUACUUAUCCUUUAUCAUAUAACGAUAUUAACAAUGCUCUAAAUGAACUUAAUACUUUUGGUGAUUUAAUUAAUCCAAAUGAUUAUACAAAAGAACCAAGUAAAAAUAUAUAUACUGAUAAAAUUGAAAGAGAAAAUUUCAUAAAUAAAAUUAAGGAAAAAAUUGAAAUAGAAAAAAAAUACAUUGAAACUCAUAAAGAAUUAUACGAAAAAGAAUCUAAUUCUUUAAAUGAAUUAGAAAAAGAAUAUGAAAAAUUACUUAAUGAUGUUUAUGAUAGCAAAUUCAAUAAUAAUAUAGAUUUAAAGAAGUUCGAAGAAAUGAUGAGUAAGAGACAUUCAUAUAAUGUUCAGAAACUUACACACCAUAAUACUUUUGCACCCUAUGAAAAUUCUAAACAUAAUCUUGAAAAGUUAACAAAAGCUCUUAAAUAUAUGGAAGAUUAUUCUUUAAGGAAUAUAGUAGAUGAAAAGGAAUUAAAAUAUUAUAAAAAUUUAGUAAGCAAAAUAAAAAAUGAGAUUGAAACAUUAGUUGAAAAUAUUAAAAAAGAUGAAGAACAACUUUUUCAAAAAAAAAUUACUAAGCAAACAAAUGCACCAGAUGAAAAAAUUUUAGAAGUAUCUGACAUUGUAAAAGUACAAGUUCAAAAAGUUUUAUUAAUGAACAAAAUUGACGAAUUAAAAAAGACUCAAUUGAUUUUAAAAAAUGUAGAAUUAAAACAUAAUAUACAUGUUCCCAAUUCUUACAAAUCACAAAAAAAGCAAGAACCUUAUUAUUUAAUUGUAUUGAAAAAAGAAAUUGAUAAAUUAAAAGUGUUCAUGCCUAAGGUACAAUCAUUGAUAAAUGAAGAAAAAAAAACUCUACAAAAUGUUACAUUAUCUGGGGAAUCAGAAUCUCAAGAGAAUACUUCCGAAUCCCCAACCCAUGGAAGAACACCAGAACAAGAAACUGUAAACCAUGAAAAUCAAGCAGGUGUUUCAGGAGGAGGUUCAGAAACACCAUCAUCAGUAUCAUCAGAAACACAAUCAGCAGGACCAGCAGGACCAGAAGUACCUGUAUCAUCAGCAACAGCAACACCACCACCACAACCAUCAGAAGUAGCACAACCAGCAGUACCACAAGAACAACCAGCAGUAUCACCAGCACAACCAGCAGUACCACCAGCACAACCAGCAGUACCACCAGCACAACCAGCAGUAUCACCAGCACAACCAGCAGUACCACAAGCACAACCAGAAGUAGCACCACCACCACAAGAGAAAGGAGCAGAAGUGCCAGCAGCACCAACACAAGCAAAUGAUAAAACUAAAAAUGUUUCAAAAUUAAAUUAUCUUGAAAAAUUAUAUGAAUUUUUAAAUACUUCAUAUAUAUGUCACAAAUAUAUUUUGGUUUCAAACUCAACGGACAAAAACAUAUUAGAUCAAUAUAAACUUACAGACGAGGAAGAAAACAAAUUAAGUUCAUGUGAUCCAUUAGACUUAUUGUUUAAUAUACAAAAUAACAUACCUGUAAUGUAUUCUAUGUUUGAUAGCUUAAACAAUAGUUUAUCACAACUAUUUAUGGAAAUUUAUGAAAAAGAAAUGGUUUUUAAUUUAUAUAAACUUAGGGAUAAUGCGAGAAUUAAAGAUUUAUUAAAGAAGGGAACCGAAUCAACAUCAGGACAUGUAAAUUCUCCUACAAGUGCACCAAUACAACCAUUAUCAUUAACACCUCAGGAUAACCCCGAAGUAACUGCAAAUGAUGAUACAUCAUAUUCUACAAAUUUGAAUAAUAGUUUAAAAUUAUUUGAAAACGUAUUGAGUCCUGGAAAAAACAAAAAUUUAUACCAAGAAUUAAUAAGUCAAAAAAGUAGUGAAAAUUUAUAUGAAAAGAUAUUAAAUGAUAGUGAUACAUUUGAUAAUGAAUCUUUUACAAAUUUUGUAAAAUCUAAAGCUGAUGAUAUUAAUUCAUUGACUAAUGAAUCAAAAAGGAAGAAUUUAGAAGAAGAUAUUAAUAAAUUAAAAAAAACUUUACAGUUAUCAUUUGAUUUAUAUAAUAAAUAUAAAUUAAAAUUAGAAAGAUUAUUUGAUAAAAAGAAAACAGUUGGUAAAUAUAAAAUGCAAAUUAAAAAGCUUACCUUAUUAAAAGAACAAUUAGAAUCAAAAUUGAAUUCACUUAAUAACCCAAAUCAUGUAUUACAAAACUUUUCUGUUUUCUUUAACAAAAAAAAAGAAGCUGAAAAAGCAGAAACUGCAAACACAUUAGAAAACACAAAAAUAUUAUUGAAACAUUAUAAAGGACUUGUUAAAUAUUAUAAUGGUGAAUCAUCUCCAUUAAAAACUUUAAGUGAAGUAUCAAUUCAAACAGAAGAUAAUUAUGCCAAUUUAGAAAACUUUAAAGUAUUAAGUAAAUUAGAAGGAAAAUUAAAGGAUAAUUUAAAUUUAGAAAAGAAAAAAUUAUCAUACUUAUCAAGUGGAUUACAUCAUUUAAUUCAUGAAUUAAAAGAAGUAAUAAAAAAUAAAACUUAUACAGGUAAAUCCCCAAGUGCAAAUAAUACAGAAGUUAACAAUGCAUUAAAAUCUUACGAAAAUUUUCUCCCAGAAGAACCAAAAGUUACAACAGAUGUAAGUGAAGCUGGAUCCACCACAUUAGAACAAAGUAUAGUAAAGCAACCACCAUCAAAUGAUGUACAAGAGUCUAAAACAAUAACAACAUUACAAAAUUUGGAUGAUGAAGAAGAUUCCUUAAUUGUCGUACCCAUUUUUGCAGAAUCCGAAGAAGAUUAUGAUGAUUUAGGACAAGUAAUAACAGGAGAAGCAGUAAGUUCUUCUGUAACUGAUAACAUACUUUCUAAAAUUGAAAAUGAAUAUGACGUUUUAUAUUUAAAACCUUUAGCAGGUGUUUAUAGAAGUUUAAAAAAACAAUUAGAAAAUAAUGUUAUGACAUUUAAUGUUAAUGUUAAGGAUAUUUUAAAUUCACGAUCUAAUAAACGUGAAAAUUUCAAUAAUGUUUUAGAAUCAGAUUUAAAUCCAUAUAAAGAUUUAACAUUAAGUAAUUAUGUUGUUAAAGAUCCAUAUAAAUUUCUUAAUCCAGAAAAGAGAAAUAAAUUUUUAAGCAGUUAUAAUUAUAUUAAGGAUUCAAUAGAUACGGAUAUAAAUUUUGCAAAUGGUGUUCUUGAAUAUUAUAAAAUAUUAUCCGAAAAAUAUAAUUCAGAUUUAGAUUUAAUUCAAAAAUAUAUCAAAGAAAAACAAGAUGAAAACAAGAAAGGACAAGAUAAGGGUGAAAUUGAGAAAUACCUUCCCUUUUUAAACAAUAUUGAGACCUUAUAUAAAACAGUUAAAGAUAAAAUUGAUGUAUUUGUAAUUCAAUUAAAAGCAAAAGUUCUAAAUUAUACAUAUAAGAAAUCAAACGUAGAAGUUAAAAUAAAAAAACUUAAUUACUUAAAAACAAUUGAAGACAAAUUGGAUGAAUUUAAAAAAAAAAACAAUUUCGUUGGAAUUGCUGAUUUAUCAACAGAUUAUAACAAUAGUAAAUUAUUGACAAGGUUCCUUAAUACAGGUAUGGUUUUUGAAAAUCUUGCUAAAACCGUUUUAUCUAAUUUUCUUGAUGAAAGCUUGCAAGGUAUGUUAAAUGUUUCACAACACCAAUGCGUAAAAAAUGAAUGUCCAGAAAAUUCUGGAUGUUUCAGACAUUUAGAUGAAACAGAAGAAUGUAAAUGUUUAUUAAAUUACAAACAAGAAGGUGAUAAAUGUGUUGAAAAUCCAAAUCCUACUUGUAACAAAAAUAAUGGUGGAUGUGAUGCAAAUGCCACAUGUACCGAAGAAGAUUCAGGUAGCAGCGGAAAGCAAAUCACAUGUGAAUGUACUAAUCCUGAUUCUUAUCCACUUUUCGAUGGUAUUUUCUGCAGUUCCUCUAACUUCUUAGGAAUAUCAUUCUUAUUAAUACUCAUGUUAAUAUUAUACAGUUUCAUUUAA